AUGGGUUUAAUUGCUGCUUUACGAAUAUAACAUUGAUUAAAUCUUAGACAAUUUAUAGCUGAGAUCAACAUAAUGUAAUUAAAGGUUGCUUAAAAUAUCGUACAGGCUAUGUCCAUAACUUAUACUAUUAUAUUAGACAGAUCUUAUGAACUCAAAGUUUUUAUUAAACAAAUUUUUAAAUGUUAUUUUAAUAUUCUUACUACAGCAUCUACAAUAUAUGUAUUAAACUAUACAAAAAACCCAAUCCGAUUCAAAUUAAAGAUUACUUUAUGAGCAGAUUGAAAUAUUCUUAAGUCUAACAGUCAGUUGCACAAACGUCCAUUAUUUUACAUUAGUUUAAAGCGUCAUUACCUAUACAAAUUUGUCAAUCAUUAGAGCUUAAAGGCGUCAUUAAACCUUAAUGGACGUUUCUUGUUUGUGCAACUGAUCAUAAAUUACAAUAAUAACAAAGAUUCAGUUACAACGAGUAUGUUGGAAAUAAGAUAUUUGGAAAGUUAGAAUUUAUUUAUUUAAUCUUGUCAGAGAAGGAUUGCGCCUUUUCUAAAACUUCUAAGUUAAGUCACAUCUUGAUUGACUCCAAACCCAUUCCAAUCCCGAAAAUGUAGUGUAAAUCCCUAUGAGAUACCGCAAUAUUUCAUUCGUGUUCACUUCGCCGACUAGAAAAGUCCCAGCAAAGCAUAAAAUAUACAAAGCGGACGCGGCUUUCACGGCCAAAUAAGCGAAUUUAAUAAAAAGCCCGUAUUCCCCGUCCGGGAUACGACUUAUCCCGAUAGUUCUCUUGACACUUACCCAGGACUCGACGCUAAAUUGAAAUUCCCGCGGGAGAUGUAGGUGGUUUUGUUUUACAUUGCGAAUCUCUGUGUCCUGUUUUAUUUUAACGUUUCAGUUGAAUUUUAUUGAUACUGCCUUAUAUUCUCUAUCCGAGGUUUGUCUGUCGAUGUUGUUGUAUUUUUAGCAAUUUAAUAGGUAUAACGUUUUAUUAAAAAUUGUUAAAAUAUUGUUUUAAAAUUCUAUUAUUUAAAUAGUAAUUGUACGUUUAUGAUACAAAUUGUUUUGUGAAAAUUUGUAAAUAUUUAAAAAAAAUUAAUGGUGAUGGAAAUAAUAGCAACAGUUGCAAUUGGUAGGGCAUUAUAUACAAAAAAAAUUAAAUAUAUUUUUAAUUCUUAUUUUCCAACCAUUUUAGAGAGUUUAUUGAAGUUCAAACAUGAGACCAAUAUGUAAAUAUAUGUAAUAGGAGAGUACCUACAUACAGGUAUUGUAAGGGAAUGCAGUGGCACAGUUAGUCUGCACAUUACUAGAUGGCAUUAUGCGUCAAUGAAUCGCGCUAUAACUGUCGAAACUACGUGUGUGAUAAAGGUAUAUAUACAUCGGGUCGUCGAGAAAGGGACGGUCAUUGGGGAAAAAAGGGACGGGUAGUUGUUAUAGAAUUAUUUGGUAAUGCCUCGCAUAUACUGGUAGGGCCGAGGCCGACCUAGAAUGUUCUAGGUCCUAAGUUAGAAUAUUCUAGAUGUGGUUGGUAUUGGCCCCGAUAUAUAUAAAUACGCGAUGGGCUAGCUGUCCCGGCAUUCAGUGACAAGUGAACUGAAUCCGAAAGCGAUCGGAAGUGAAAAUUGUGAUAGAAUAGUGUUAUGAAGCGAGUUUUGAAUUUUGUUGUAUUUUUUUUCUAAUUUUAUGUAGUUUAUGUCGGAUUGUGAAUUUAAUUGGCUUUGUAUUUUAUUCGAACCCUAACUCAUAACAAUAUUAUACUUCGAACUUCAAUAAACUCUUUGAAAAUGUUGGAAAAUUAGAAGUUAAAGUUUAUUGUUUUCAAUAUUUUUAUAUGUUGCUACCAUAACCAUAUUUUUUUUAAAGAAUUUCAAAAUCAAAAUAAAUUUAUUAAGAGGUAUAAUAACGAGAUCCAACGUAAGCACACAGUGUUUUCUUUACCCAAAUUGAAUUCGUUCCGGGUACCUUAUAUAAUUAUACUUUAUUUUUUUUACCAAAAAAGGAUUAAAUUCUAACAUAAUAUUAGUCGUUGAUGUCGAUCAUAUAAUAAUUUGAGUGGAGGACUUAAUAUAUAUUUUUGUGUUUUAUACCAAUAGUAGAGCUAUAGAACAGGAAAAGGAAAUGAUGAUAUAUCUGUUUACUCAUUAUAUAUGUUUUUAAUAUACAGAUAUGUUAACUUAACCAUUACAAUACAACCCUUAAUCCUUACGAUAAGCAUAAGGGUCAUAGAAGUUUGAUAACAUAACAAUUUCAUUACCAUAAAGUUGAACUGAAUUAACUUGGUUAAUAGCUUUAUACUGAAGUGAUAUUCCUUGACUUAUAACUAACAACUAAUCUUCAGAGAAUAAUCUUUGGAGAAUAAUAUAAUCUUCACCGAUAAUGAAAUUAAAAUAUUCUUUAUUUCAUCUUUAUCUAUAACCAAAUUACAUUUCUUUCUAAUAGUAUACCAGAAUAAAUUCAGUGAGUAUGGUAACUGCGUUCAGUCAGCAACUUACGCAAAGGCGGAUUAUUAUAGGAUGGGCAAAUGUUUUAUUCCAACCAACUCCGUGCUUCGGAAGGCACGUUAAGCCCGGCCCAUCCCGGCUGCAUUUUCAGUCGUUAAAACCUACCAGUCUGUAUUUGAUUCAAUUCCAUCCAUAGGGAAAGUCCAAGGCCUAGAAGUGGCGACAUUACUAGGCUGAAGAUGUGAUGUUAGUUCAGUUUAAUUAUCUAAGCAAUUGUCUUAAAAUAUCCCUCCUUGAGUAUCAGGUUUCUCUUUAAUGGAAUGAUCUCUCUUUGAUUUACCUUAGAUUUACAAAUAUCUAUCUUUUCAUUAUUUUUUUUAAAUAAAUACUUGUAAUUAACCUUACCUUUAAAAACGAUUAAACUUUACCAGUGUAAUUAGAAAAAAAGUUUAGCAUUGGAGUAAAUUUAUGCUGUGACUGCACUUAGUAUUAGUCGAAAUUCAUAUUACGAGUACUAAGCAGAUACAUAGCAAAGGUUGAUUAGUACAAGGUACUACGGGAGUUAUAUUUACUGCUAGAAGGUAAUGUGUUUGUUUAUUCUCUGUAUAAUAUGAAUUUAGGCUAAUACUAAAAUUGCAAUUUUAUCGUAAAUUUACUAUGAAGCUAAAUUUUGUUUAUUAAUAGCAGGUUACAGGUAAACGGUAUGGUUUAGAGACUUUAUGAAGAUUGCAACCUUUUUACUUUAACAUGCACAUUUCUUAUUUAUAUUUAUAAACUCAUGUGGUUUGGUGUUCGUUGUCAUAAAUAUCAACAAAACAAAACAAGUUCCAAGUACACAUAAAAAUUUUAAAAAAUACAACUAAAUUAACUUCUAAGAAUUAUAUAAUUAUUGUUAUGUUUUGGUAUUUUAUUUUAUCUAUUGAUAUUUCUUCUCUUUUUAAUCAGGUAUCACAACAGCAGAAUGAUCAACUACGACGCUGAACGUGGCAUCAAUGUAACAACAAAUCCUGCAGAGAGACUGUCUGAUCUGCUGAUACCGGCUGCUAGCGUUUCACACGCUGGCAACUACACAUGUGUACCGAACAACGCGGUACCAGCUAGUAUCUACGUUCAUAUAUUCAAUGGUGAAAAUCCAGCGGCAAUGCAGUCCUCAUCACCCAGCUUCUACCAUUUAAACUUAAACGGUCUUUUACUACCGACACUAGUUUCAUUCCACGUUAUACGGUGACAGUAUUAAACGAAACACAGUCUUAAUUCCUUAGAAUUAAAAUCCAAACUCGAAUGAUGCGAUGCUUUCCCAUUUAUGACAUAAUAAGGUCGUUAUCUGUUGCGACAAUUACGUUCAAUUUCAGCGCACCCAU